AAAAGGGAAGAGAGUAAUCCCCCGUAAUAUUACAUUACGUAGUUUGUUGCCCUUCAUCAUCAACCUCCAGAUUAGUUAAAAAGCAAGUUCAAAUCCUCCAGAGCCCAUACUUUCGUUUUCUAGUCUCUCUUACUCACAUACCCCUAAAGUCACUGCAACCUUCGCCCUUCCAGUUCUUGGUUACAAUCACUCUGGUCAUUACUCAUUACAUCGUCUUCUCAUGCUAUCGACGCCUCGCAUUGGUUCUUGAUUGUCCACCCGUGGGUUGUCUCAAACCUUCUACCUCUUCUCCCCGACAUCGUUAUAUCAUCGAUCAACCUUAACAUAUCGUCGACCCCAGACUAUUGCAACACCACCACGGAACAAGGACCUCCAGAACACGAGAGAAGAACAAAAAAAAUAACACAGACAAAACCGACUUUUAGUUCUGGUGGUCAUAUUCUUUAUUCCUUAUUCUUUUUCUAUCCUUUUUUCCCCUUUCACCCUCCAAUUUAUUCUUUAUUGUUUUUGGACAAUUCUAUCCAAUACCACUCUUGCUGUCUUCUACAUUUUACUUUCCGUCACCACUAUAUCUAUAAAGCUAUACUACACAAUGACAGCACGUCAAUCAUCACCUACGUCAGACAACUCUCAUUCGGACAGCAAUGUUCGCAAGAGGGUAUGUAAGGCAUGCGAUCGGUGUAGACUGAAGAAAUCUAAGUGUGAUGGAGGCAACCCAUGUGGUCGCUGUAGGACGGACAAUGCCAUUUGUGUCUUUGGCGAGAGGAAGAAGGCUCAUGAUAAAGUAUACCCUAAGGGGUAUGUUGAGAUGCUUGAGCAACAACAGGCAUGGCUAGUGUAUGGGUUGCAAGAACUGUAUCGACGCACCAGCGAAGGCGAGGGGUGGCCCGGGGAACCAUUGAAAUGCGAAGCCAAUGGCCACCCUCUCACUCACGAUCUGCUCACACGUCUAGGCGCUUUGGACCAGAGCAAAGGCGAGCGCUUUGAAGAGAACACCGAAUCUAUGCAGCAAGAACUGUGGAAGCAGAAUUCGGGGCAUAUGCAGCGCCAGGACUCGUCAGAUGGUAGCUCAGAAAGCGCGCAGUCACCCGUUCUUUCCUCCCGUUUCUCAGAUGUUUUUGCGCGACAACCACUUACGCCCCCCACUUUCAGUCCCUCUUCACGACAAGGGCCUACGAUCAAGACUGAGCCUCAAAUGGCACCACAUACGCCUAGCUUUAUUCCACCGAUGGCCAUGCAUGGGGAUGUGGUCAACCCUAUUGCUCUACAAGACCCACAACAAUGGCCGAAUAGCCUUGGGAACUUUGACGAUAUGGAUCUAAUGGCGACUACUGACUACAAUCUAUCUUUUGAUGACCCGAUCUCUUCCCCAAUGUUCAAUCGCCAAAUCCCAAUGAAUUGCAUAUCGUAUAUGGACACAAAGAAUGAUUACGAAGACAUCAGUCAAUUCUUGAAUGCCAAUCCACCGGAGAUAACGUCUACUUGAACCUUGUAUAUCGACGAAAAUCAUGGCCACUGCCUUAACAACACUUGCAUACGCCUAUGAUGUGACGCAUGUACACUAUACAUUUUUAUUUUGCUACACCUUUUUUGUGAGGUUUGACUCGAAU